CUACUAACUGUUUUUAAUUUCUUAAAAAGCCUGUCCAUACCCUUUUUGAGAUCUCACUUGACUGCCCUCUUUCUCUUCUGUGGUCGAUUCGCAGCUUCUGAUCUCUUGGGAAGUCAUUUCGAGAAUUGGGUUUCUCUCCAAAAUGAAAGUCACUGUUGUUUCACGCAGCGGUAGAGAAGUCAUCAAAGGAGGACUCGACCUCAAUGACUCGGCAACGGUGGCUGAUCUACAGGAGGCAAUCCAUCGGCGAACUAAAAAGUUCUACCCUUCAAGGCAGAGGCUUACCCUCCCCCAAAAACCUGGAACGAAGGAGAGGCCUGUUGUCCUUAACUAUAAGAAGAGUCUCAAAGAAUACUGUGAUGGGAAUGCAGAGAACUUAACUGUUGUGUUCAAGGACCUUGGUCCACAAGUCUCCUACCGUACACUUUUUUUCUGCGAGUAUUUUGGUCCUCUCUUCCUCUAUCCAGUCUUUUAUUACUUCCCUGUGUAUCAAUUCUUCGGCUACAAGGGAGAGCGUGUCAUCCACCCAGUGCAGACAUAUGCUUUGUACUACUGGUGUUUCCACUAUUUCAAACGUAUUAUGGAAACAUUUUUUGUGCACCGUUUCAGCCAUGCAACCUCGCCACUAGCAAACGUAUUCCGAAAUUGUGCUUAUUACUGGUCUUUUGGUUCUUACAUUGCAUAUUAUGUGAACCACCCCCUCUACACUCCUGUUGGUGACCUCCAAAUGAAGAUUGGCUUUGGGAUUGGGUUGGUUUGUCAACUUGCAAAUUUCUAUUGCCACAUUUUAUUGAGGAAUCUUCGUAGCCCUGAUGGGAAUGGGGGAUAUCAGAUUCCACAAGGAUUUCUGUUCAACAUUGUGACUUGUGCGAAUUACACUACAGAAAUUUACCAGUGGCUGGGAUUCAAUAUUGCAACACAAACUGUUGCUGGCUAUAUCUUUAUGGUAGUUGCUGCUCUUAUCAUGACCAAUUGGGCCCUUGCGAAGCACCGUCGGUUGAAGAAGCUGUUUGACGGGAAGGAGGGAAGGCCUAAAUAUCCACGACGAUGGGUGAUAUUGCCUCCAUUUCUGUAGAAAUUACUUGUGAUGCUGCCUCACUCAGUCCCUUCAUACCUCGUUUGUAAUCAGCUGCAUCAAUAAUGACUUGUAUCAAGUUCCAUUCUGGUCACACGCAAAAAGUCUUGGAUCCAUUUUGGAAGCAAAUUUCUCCGAGUUGUUGGGAUACUUAUCUGACGUUUCUUUCUUUCUUUUUUUUUUUUGCUUUUAUUUUGUGCAAGUAUCUGACGAGUGGCUUAGUUUGAUUAAUUUAUUGGAUUGCACCUCAAAAAGAUGAUCCUUGAUAUGUAGCUGGUAGUUUAUUUUUUGUAGAAUUGAAUGUAUUUGAGUCAUGUCCCAAAAAGAGAGUUGGUUCCUUUUUAAAUAGUCAAAUCAAAUAUUGCAAGAUUCUGGUGA